UCUUGUCUUAAAGGAGCGGUGUGUCCUCUGGAUGAGUUGUGUGAUGUGGCCCAUGAGUUUGGAGCCAUCACGUUUGUUGACGAGGUGCAUGCGGUGGGGCUGUACGGCGCUAGGGGAGGAGGUAUCGGGGACCGAGACGGCAUCAUGCACAAGAUGGACAUCAUCUCUGGAACACUGGGCAAGGCGUAUGACUGUGUUGGAGGCUACAUCGCCAGUACCGCCGCCCUGGUGGACACGGUGCGUAGUUACGCUGCAGGCUUCAUAUUCACCACGUCUCUGCCUCCCAUGCUGCUGGCGGGCGCCCACGAGUCCAUCCAAACCCUUAAAGGGGAGGAGGGCCGCGCCCUCCGGAGGAAACACCAGCUUAACGCCCAUGAGUCCAUCCAGAACCUUACCGCAUUAAGCGUGAGUCGACGAUGUUCCCGAGCCCACACCGGGACCCUCCGCCCCGUCAGUUUCUCCACUGAUGGACAGAAGCUGGUCAACACCUCAGAUGAUAAGACCCUCAAAAUCUGGACUGUUCAGAGACAGAAGUUUCUGUUAACCCUCAACCAGCACAUGAACUUGAUCCGGUUUUCACCAGACGGACAGUUGACAGUGUCAGCCAGUGAUGACAAACCCAUUAAGAUCUGGGACAAGAGCAGUCAGGAGUGUUACCACUCAUUCUCUGAACAUGGAGGACAAGGCUUAAUCUGCAGUGAACUACCCUGGAACAUGGAGGACGAGGCUUAA